UGGGCGGGCGGCAGCGGAUUGGGCGGCGCGGCCGGGGGAGCGCCGUAACGGAGCCCUUCCUGCGGGGCAACUGAUUGGUCAGUGCCCUGAGGGGGCCCCGGCCAGUGAGCUGAUUGGCAGGGCAGGUCCCCCGUGUCUGUAACCCUCGAUGCCAGGUUGGUGACGGCAGCCAGACGGUGACACUGACAGUGACACAGUGACAGCGGUGAUGGGCGCGGGGACAGAGCCGGCGGAGGCGCAGUGUGACUCAUUGGAGGGGAGGAUCUACCUGGACUACAAUGCCACCACCCCUCUGGCCCCCGAGGUGUCCCAGGCCGUAUGGGAUGCCAUGUGCCAGGCCUGGGGCAACCCCAGCAGCUCCCACCCUGCAGGCAGCAAGGCCAAGGAGCUCAUCGGCAGCGCACGGCAGAGCCUGGCCAACAUGCUGGGAGGCCGCCCCGAGGACAUCGUCUUCACCUCAGGGGGCACAGAGGCAAACAACAUGGUGAUCCACACUGCCUGCAGGCACUUCCAUGACAGCCAGCGUGGGACAGGGAACAGCCAGGGCAUACCACACAUUGUGACAUCGAGCGUGGAGCACGACUCCAUCCGCCUGCCGCUGGAGCAGCUGGGGAAGGAGGGCCUGGCAGAAGCCACCUUUGUGCCUGUGUCCCCACGGAGCGGGCAGGCAGAGGUGGACGACGUCCUGGCUGCCAUCCAGCCAAACACCUGCCUGGUGUCCCUCAUGCUGGCCAAUAACGAGACCGGGGUGAUCAUGCCCGUCGCAGAGCUGAGCCAGCGCGUCUGUGCCCUCAACCGGCGCCGAGCGGCGCAGGGGCUGCCCCGGAUCCUGGUGCACACGGAUGCAGCACAGAUGAUUGGCAAGGGGCGCGUGGACGUGCAGGAGCUGGGCGUGGACUACCUGACCAUCGUGGGACACAAGUUCCAUGGCCCACGGAUCGGAGCGCUGUACAUCCGCAGCCCCGGCACCGCCACCCCGCUGCACCCCAUGCUCUUUGGAGGGGGACAGGAGAGGAGUUUCCGGCCAGGCACUGAGAACACCCCGAUGAUUGCCGGCCUUGGCCAGGCUGCAGAGUUAGUGAACAAGAACUGGGAGGCCUAUGAGGCUCAUAUGCGGGAUGUCCGGGAUUACCUGGAGGCCACGCUGGAGGUCUCCUUUGGGAAGCAGAGAAUUCGCUUCAACAGUCACUUUAAGGGCUCCAAGCGACUCUGCAACACCUGUAAUUUCUCCAUCCUGGGCCCAGGCCUUCAAGGACGGAGGGUGCUGGCUCACUGCAAGGUGCUCCUCGCCAGCGUCGGGGCUGCCUGCCACUCUGACAAGGGGGAUCGGCCCUCCCCAGUGCUGCUGAGCUGUGGGGUUCCCCCCGAGGUGGCGCAGAACGCGCUGCGGCUGAGCGUGGGGCGCGGCACCACCCGGGCAGACGUGGACAGGGCUGUGCAGGACCUCGUGCAGGCUGUGGAGCAGCUGGAGCGGGACCAAGCCCCAUAGAGCCCUGAAUUGCUUCAGAGACACCACUCAGGUUCUUGGGGUGGGCCCCUGGGUGUGAGCUGCUUGUGCCAGCCUCAGGGGUGGCAGGGGGAGCUUCUGAGGAGGGGCCUUGGCUGCUUUGGGGCUGGGGCAAGACUCAGCCCUGCUGCACAGUGGAGGAUUUUGCAGAGUCCUGUUGUCCAGUACCCCUGGUUGGCCAGAUGUACCUAGCUGGGUGCCUGCACAUGUGUGUGUUGGCACAGCUGAGCCUCAGAGCUUGAGUCCCUGCAGAGGGACAGGCGUGGAAGUCAUGGAUGGAGGAGCCUCAUGACCUGGUUGCUUUCCACAAAGGAAGCUUUCCUGCUGUCUGAGCAGCCAGAGGAAGAAAGACCGUCUGCCCCAGAGUGAAAUGAGGAGUUGAUAGAAGCACAGCAGGAUUCUGGGCUGGGAACUGCUCUGCCCUAAGCUGUCAAAGGGAUUUCUGGCUGGGCAGAGCUUUCCCAGCACUGCUUUGUUUUACCUGCUCCCCUUUUCUUCUGUCCUUCCUACAAGGUGCAGAGCUCCUGUUGCCAGCUCUACCUGCUCCUCAAGGAAACGGUUCUUGGGACAGCUGUGACUGUGGCAGCACCUGAGGGACGCCUGCAUGGCCCAGGGGGUCCCUGGCAUCACCAGCACUGGAGGACACAAGUGUCACAUGAAUCAGGAGCGUUGCCAUCCGGGCUGGCUGAUGUCAGGGAACUUGAUCUCCCUAAGUAUUCAUAGGAAUAAAAGUAAUUGCUGCUUCUUUUCACAAGUAAAAUGUAUUUUCUGUGGGGGAAGCUGGACUGGCUGGA